AAAACGUUAUCAUUAUUUUUACUAUUGUAAAUAAUUAUUUAUAGUGAAUAAAUGGUGUGGUGCAGAGAGAUAACUUUGACAAAUAACAGGAUAACAAGUUAUUUUGUAUAAAUAAAAUUAAUAUGCAUUUCAAGAGGCAUAGACAUGUGAGGAAAUUGGUCAAAGAAUAUGAUGUGGUAAAGGUAUCUGGAGACUGAUUGGAGCAUUUUCAAUUAAGAGCAGAACAAUGACACAGGAUGACUAGUACUGAUAGGUUUAUUGUGCAGGUGUUUGUUGGUGCACUGUCUGCUCACUAUGAGGCAUUAUCUGUGGAAGCCUCCAAACAAACUAGUUCAGAAGAAAUAGUGUCAUGUAUAGCUGACAAAUUAAAUCUCAGCGAUGGAUCUGGAGGACCAUAUGAAUUGGCUGAGAUUGUGGAAGAUGUUAAUAGUGGUGGGGUGUGCAAGGAGAGGCGACUUGGCCCCAAUGAGUCUCCAGUUGCUGUCAUGAUGCUAUGGCCCAACAACUCUGAACAAUAUUACAGGUUCUACUUGCGAGAAAAAAUACCAGACGAACCAUGGAUGGAGAAUUUCUCUGUAGACCCUCAGCUGAUAAAGGACUACUUCCAGAGGUUUCUGUACCAGCCCAAAGAUCGAGAAUAUCCCGACUUAUGUCAGCUGCCGGAGCUCAACGAACAGACGCUUUUGGACAAUUUAAGGGCGAGAUUCGCAGCCGGAUAUAUCUAUACAUAUGUUGGAUCGAUUCUCAUAGCUCUAAACCCAUUCAAGUUCUACCCAAUUUACAAUCCGAAGUAUGUGAAGUUAUAUCAGAACAAAAGGAUAGGCUCGAGUCUUCCACCUCACAUAUUUGCUGUGGCCGACGCCGCGUACCACUGCAUGCUCCGAGAGCGAACCAAUCAAUGUAUAGUGAUCAGUGGAGAAAGUGGUUCAGGUAAAACAGAAAGCACGAAUUUCCUUCUGCAUCAUUUAACGGCACUCAGCCAGAAGGGAUCACAUGGAAGUGGUGUAGAACAGACUAUAUUAAGUGCAGGACCCGUCCUAGAAGCAUUUGGUAACGCAAAGACUGCUCAUAAUAACAAUUCCAGUAGGUUUGGUAAGUUCAUACAAGUGAAUUACAAAGAAAAUGGCAUGGUCCAUGGUGCUGUGGUGCAGAAAUAUCUUCUGGAGAAAUCCAGAAUAUGUAGUCAAGGUCGCAAUGAAAGGAAUUAUCACGUAUUUUACUAUUUGUUGGCGGGUGCGUCUGAACAAGAAAAGGAGCAGUUACAUUUACUUAGUGUGGAUAAAUAUAAUUACUUGUCGAGGACUGGCUGUAGUCUGGUCCCCGGUGUUGACGAACAGUACGAGUUUUCAAGGUUAAAGCAAUCUAUGGAUAUGGUGGGCUUCACUAUGGACAAACGGCGACGAUUGUUUGCAGUAUUAUCAGCGGUCCUGCUGUUAGGCAAUGUGGAGUUCCAACCACAGAGAAAAUCAUAUCACCAUGAUGAGGCGGUUGGUGUUAGAAAUCCAGAGGUGGUCUCACUGAUAUCAUCGCUGUUACAUGUCAAACAAGAGACAUUACUGGCCGCUCUGACAUCCAAACGCGCCAGGGCUUCGGGGGAAACCCUCGUCAUCAAUUACAGAAUGCCGGAGGCGAUAGCAACUCGGGACGCUAUGGCCAAAUGUCUUUAUGGUGCUCUGUUUGAUUGGAUUGUGAUGCAAGUGAAUCAUGCAUUGCUGUCCAAGAAAGACACAUUGAGAGAACAUCAGGGCCACAGUAUAGGUGUGCUCGACAUAUUCGGUUUCGAGGAUUUUGGGCCUAACAACAGCUUCGAACAAUUGUGUAUCAACUACGCGAACGAACAUUUACAGUAUUAUUUUAACCAGCACGUAUUCAAAUAUGAACAAGAGGAGUAUCGGCGAGAGGGAAUCCGGUGGACGGAUAUAGGCUUCUCUGAUAAUACACAGUGCUUACAGCUCAUCGAGGGCAAACCUAGCGGGCUCCUCUGCCUUUUAGAUGAUCAGUGCAAUUUCCCAUGGGCGACAAAUGAAACUUUACUGCAGAAAUUCAACUCAGUACACGAAGAUAAUCCAUUUUACGAGAAGCCACAGCGACGAGAGCCAGCUUUUGUAGUCAAACACUACGCGGGCAGAGUUAAAUAUCAGGUAACAGCGAUGCGGGAAAAGAACUUGGACCUGAUGCGGCAGGACAUAGUGAGCGUACUCAAGAACUCGUCAUUAGCGUUCGUGCGAGAGCUGGUGGGAGUGGAUCCUGUUGCAGUUUUCCGCUGGGCCAUCGUACGCGCCUUCUUUAGGGGCUACUUUGCGUUUUUGGAAGCUGGUAGAAAACAUCGAGUGCACAGAGUAGACGGUGCUUCGAGACUUCCGCGCGCUUCCAUACAUGCCCCCAACGACAGCAUCAUCAGCCGAGCCCCCCGCCGCCCCGAGGCGCGGCCCGCUAAGCAUUACAGGAGCGCGGAGUCCCGCGUCCGCCGCACGGAGCGCGACCGUGAGCGCGACGAGCGCCCCUUCGACGAUUCCGACGUCAUGCAGCGCGCCAGCCAGAUCGUCAUGAAGAACAAGUCAUUCAGGCCUCGCGAGCGAGCUAAGAAGGGACUGAAGAACUUACAGAGCGUGAAAACCCUCGCCGGGAGGACGGCUGCGCCUACUGGAAAACGAAAACAACCGCUUACCGUCGCCGCACAGUUUCAGCAUUCGCUUGCUGCGCUUAUGGAAACGCUGAAUCAAGCGAAUCCGUUCUUCAUAAGAUGUAUAAAAUCUAAUAGCGACAAAGUUCCGAAUGUUUUCGACGAGGAAACCGUCCAGCGCCAACUACGGUACACCGGCAUGUUAGAAACGGUCCGGAUAAGGCAGGCUGGCUACAAUGUACGGCUUACAUAUGAGGAGUUCAUACAGCUUUACAGGAUAUUACUGCCGAAGGGUCUGCUCAGCUCACAAUCGGAUGUCAGACACUUUCUUGCAACGCUUAACUUGGACAGGGAUAAUUAUCAGCUAGGCGCUACGAAAAUCUUCAUGCGCGAGAGCGAGCAAACGAAGCUGGAGUACCGGCUUCACCAGCAGAUCAUGGCGUCCAUUAUCGCCAUCCAGCGUUGGUUCCGCGCCGUGCUCGAGCGACGACGCUUCCUCGCCCUCCGCCGCGCCUCGCUCCUCAUACAGGGAUACUACAGGCAAUGGCUAUUGGCUCGAAAUGAAGCUGCAACAAAGGUCCAAGCUUGGUUCAAAGGCAUGCGAGUACGAUUAUGGUACUUGAGGAUAAGAAAAGCGAUCGUAGCAUUCCAAGCGGCCGCUCGCGGCUAUUUACUCAGGAAAUCCUUGCCCAGACUAAGAACACCGCUCGCCUUGCCCCCCACCAAAACAGAGCAUGACAGUAAGACAGUUGUUGAAGAUGUGGAAGAUGACUAUUUUAAGAGCCGACCGCCCAGUCUUGAAGAGAUCAAGAAUAUUAUUGACAUACAGCUGGAUAUGCUGCUACACCGCCGGGCGGAAAAUAUGAGACAACUACGCGCUACGCAAUCCCUUCCGAUAGCAAGUUUGGAGAAAAAGCGAGACGUGUAUACAAACUCCGGUACUGCUCCAUAUGAGUCCAAGAAUGACACACUCUCGCCAAUAAGAUCUAUCGUGCAGCAGCAUCAUCCGAAUGAAAUUAUAACGGAACAAGACACCAAAGCCCCGCUGGAAAGGAAGACGUGGAACGCUAAAGCGGGCGUGGCCGUGCCGAACAUGAUUACCGCUGAAGAUCUCGCCGACGAAUUGGUGUGGCUCAGGAUAGACCAGAACUACAUUAUAGCUAACAAGAUAAAGGCGCCAGACUCAAAUAUAGAAGAGUUACGUGUGGAUCGAAAUAACGACAACUGCAACGUUACAGAAAACAACGAGCCGACUAAAAGCAGCAGUUCAAGACGUAGCUCGCCACAAGUGUAUCAACGAAGUAUGUCGAGCACGAAGCUGGAGUUGCCAACGUCACUGGCCCUGCACAGUUUGCCGCCCGUGCGGAGAGACCCGCGCGACAGUCGCGACCACCGCGACCACCGCGACCACCGCCACCAUCGCCACCACCCGCCGCUGACCGCCGCCGCCAGCGUCUCCGCCAGUGACUAUCAUUAUUUAUUAAUAACUAGCUAUCCCGGCACAUCCACGGCCGCGGUGACUCCCGCGCCCCCCGCCCCCUCCCCCGCCGCCGCCGCCGCCCUCCCCGCCGCCGCCGCCCCCGCGCCGCCCGCCCGCGCCGCGCGCCGCAGCCCGCGGGCUCCGCCCCCGGACGCCGUCGACGCCUCGCAACCGCUGCCGGACCUACUCGAUAUCAAAAGAACGGCGUCGGAGCUGCUGAACCCUGUGUCGCCUGGUCGCGCGUGCAGCCAGGCGGGGGCGGGGGCGGGGGCGGCGGAGGCGGCGCCGGGCCCGCUGCGGCGCCGCAACUCGGACCCCGCCCCCGGCGAGCCGCGCGCGCCCGACCCGCGCUCCACCGACUACAUCGGACAGACCGGCAACGGACUCUUCCGCAUCGCCGGACACAGAUUUCGUAAAGGCUCGAGAUUUGCAAAAGGCGACAACUGCGUGUAUUGUCAUGAGGUGAUCGACGCAUUCAUCACACAAGGCCAACGCUGUAUUGACUGCAAACAAUUGUACCACACCAAGUGUAUACAAAACAAGGGUGUAAUCACCAUGCCGUGCAGCAGCCCAGUCGCGGCCGGCUCUAGAGUACGAACUAAAAACAGAAAACGGAAUAUGAUUAAGGAGUCCAAUCACUACAACACGCUAGCAGACCAGUCCAAAGUACCAUCCAGUUCUAAUUUCAAUUUAACUGGCACCUCAGAGUUUAUGGAUAGAACUGAUAAAAUUAUAUCGGACGCGACUGAAUUGCAAGCAAUGCAAAAUUUUAUCGCAAAGAAAAUAUAUCAAAUGGGAUCAUCGGACAACGACAAACAGUCAGAGGUGGAUAGAGUAUUCAAACACGCAUUAAACGAGUUCAAAGACAACCUAGUAGCGACGUAUAGCGUGGUGGAGACAAGAGGUUCAGCUCUCAAAUACAAGGAUCUAAUUGGGAACUUUCUACACGUGAUGGAGACAGUCUGUGCUCGAGAGGACUCUACCUUGAACAUUACGAUGGGAGUAAACGCCUUCAGAGGUUUCAUGGACGAAUUUAUGAGUCAGCAUGAAACUGACAAGGCUAGAACGAAGAGGAAAAAGGAUAAGAAACGAAAAGUUGACGACCCUAUACAAUACAAGGGACAUACAUUUAUUUUAUCCAUGAUAAACAUUCCUACUGAAUGUGAGAUCUGCAAGACAUUCUUCAUGUGGCCCAUUGAGCGCUCCCUAAUUUGCCAGUCGUGCAAGCUGGCAUCACAUAAAAAGUGUUAUAUGAAGGUGACGAGUCAGUGCCGCAGAGACUCCGGCUCGCGCUCGGCCGCCAUCGUGGGCGCCGUCGGGGCGGGCGGCCGGGAACACCUCGGAUUAUUGCCCAGGGGAAAGGUAUUCGGUGUGCCUCUCUGCGAGUUGCCGACUGGUGAUACUAAUAUACCAAUAGUGGUGGAUCGGCUAAUUACAACGAUAGAAAUGACUGGUCUCUACACAGAGGGACUCUAUAGAAAAAGCGGACUGAGUUCGAAGGUGCGCGAGCUGCGACGGCUGCUGGACGAGCGGCCGGUGGAGGGCGUGGAGCGGCUGGACGCGUACGCGGUGCACGUGCGGGCUUCAGUACUGAAGGGCUUCUUCCGCGACCUGCCCGAGCCGCUUCUCACCUUCGAUCUUUACGACGAUUUCAUCCUCGCCGCCGAGAUCUCCGACCCGCAGGAAAGAGUGUCAAGUAUAUUUACGAUAUUGAAGAAAUUGCCUAAACCUAACUUCGACCUAGUGGAGCGAUUAAUAUUUCACUUAGCCAGAGUGGCGUUGGGCGAAGAUCACAACAGAAUGGGUCCGAACGCCCUGGCCAUUGUGUUCGCGCCGUGUAUCCUGCGCACGCACAAAGUGCAGCCCGCCCAGGACUCGCUGCACGACAUCGCGCGACAGACGGCCUGCCUCGAGGCCAUCCUGCACGACAAGAUGCGCACCGUGCGUGGGAUGCUUCAAGACAUUGCGACAUUGGAUACGGCCUGUCACACAGCCACCAACCGUUUGUCGUCACUGCGCACGCUCUCACAAUCUGCCGCCCCGCGGCCCGAGGAGCAGAUCCUGGUCGGACACAUCCACGAGAUACAAAAGGAGAAGGCCAUCCUCACAUCCAACCUCCCGACUCUCAUCAGGGCGACAUCCGACGACGACCUGCUGUCAACAACGGACCAUGACGGCGAAUUCGGCAGUUCCGAUGACCUCAGCGCGGGCGCGGCCUCUCUGCGUUCUCAACGUCUGCUUCACCGCCAGCUCUCCUCAGACGACCCCAUUAUGGUUUAACUUUUCCAUCCGCAUCAUUACUACACUACCUUGCCACCGUCCGCUACCUAUUCAAUUCAACCUCAGCUCAGUGGCGUUUCUAUCAUGACAGAAAAAUCGGUUUCGUCCUACUGAGAUAUAUAAUAUUUUUGUAGGCAAAGCUCGCUGUUUUAGCUAUACAAUACAAAAAUCAACUCUUUAAUUUUCACGCGCUACACUUAGGAAUAUACAUUUAUUCAUAUAUGGUGGAUUUACUACAAUAAGCCAGCUACUAACUCAGCCAAUCAAUCUCCCUGACAAUGUACAGCUAAAAAAAUACGGCACCUGUUCCAUUCAGAAGUUAACCAAGCCAGUACCUAACCAAUCCGCGUAACGCUCGACGUAACCUGCGGUGUACAUAAUAAAAGCAUGAUAUUCCAGUUAAACUUAGCGUAAUCAAGUUGUAUGUUGCUAAUAUAUGUACCCCUAUUUCUAAUGCCCAGUUUACAUAACUAUGCGUAUUUAGUAGAGAUAUAUGACAACUGACUAUUAUAGAAUUCGUAUAGUAGGAUUAUAAUCGUAAAUAAAGCUCGCUUUCUAGUACUACAAGUAAACGUUAUAAUAAUGUAAAUGGGUCUAACUUGGUAGGUCUGAGUUUAGUGUUAAAUGGGUGAGCCUUAAUAUAUGGUGUAUUGUAAACACGCCAUAGUACAAGCUCUCAUCUUAUGACAAUUAACACCGCAGUAGUAAAUAGUCCAUUUAUGAUUUGCAAUUAGUGUAAUCUUUUGUUGGGGUAGUUUACAAUGUCACACAUGACAGGAAAGUUUAGUCUCACAAUAGUAGUGGAUUUUAAGCCGUUUUUAUGCUUUUUUUAGCAACGAUUUCAUUUGUUUCUCAAUUAUAAUAUUAUCUAUCAAUAUUUCAAUAUAGUAUAAUAGCCAACCAGAAACCUUGUAAUGUUUCUGUUCUUAGUAUAAUAUAUAUAUAUAUAUAUAUAUGAUGGGUGUUGAUUUACUUUUAAAUACUUUAUCGAAGGCA